CGGCUUUAAAUUCACAUUGUAGACACCGCUUAAUACCUACCCAACCCUGUUCCCGAACGCAGUUCGGACAUGCGGUAUGCGGUUUAUAUGAUUGUCAAAUAAACGAUUUAUGUAUGACAAAUUUUAAUAACGCGCCAGAGAUGGAUUUACAAUACAAAACGAUUCAUCCUGUGAAAUAUUUACAAGAUCAUCUUGAACAAGGCAGUCGGCCGGACGGUAGAAAAUUCUUAUCGUUUAGGCCGGUAAGCAUAAAUGUUUCAUCGAUUAUUCAAGCAGACAGUUCAGCGAUAUUUAAGUUGGGUGACACAAGUGCAGUUUGUGGUAUUAAAGCUGAAUUAGCAAUACCAAGAGCAGAUAUUCCAGAUCAUGGUUAUUUAGUACCAAAUAUAGAAUUAUCUCCUCUGUGUUCUUCAAAGUUUCGUCCAGGCCCACCGAGCGAACAAGCGCAAGUGCUUUCUAAAUCGAUAGAUAUUAUAUUAAGCAAUUCGAGAGCGCUUGAUUUAAAAGAUCUUUGCAUCUGCAAAAAUAAAUUAGUAUGGGUCUUGUACUGCGAUAUCUUAUGUCUAAAUUUCAAUGGCUCAGUUAUAGAUGCUUGUAUUGGAGCAGUGAUUGCAGCUCUUAAAACGUUGACCUUACCUGAAGUAAACUACAACAAUGAAACAGGAAUAAUUGUUGUACAUCCAGAAAAUAGAAAAGCAUUUCCUGUAAGAACAUUUCCAGUUUCUGCAUCAUUUGCAAUAUUUGAAAAACAACUGUUGCUAGCCGAUCCUUCAGAUGAUGAAGAAGUCUUGUCAUCGGCAAGAUUUUUUAUUGUGAUGGAUGAUGAAGAAGAAAUUUGUUAUAUACAUAAACCUGGUGGAAUUGCUAUCUCCCAGAAUUUACUUUGCAAAGGACUAGAAAUGACAAAAAUAAGAGCAAAAUUAGUCAGAUCGGUAAUCAAUGCUGCAAUCUCGACACUAAACAUAAAUAAUAUAGAAAUAAAUUUAUAAAAAUAAAACAAUAUCUGUUUUAUAUUGUGUGCAUCUAUGUGUAUAUUGUCAUCUUUUCAUAUUAUUAAAUGAAGAUAUAGUUAUUUUUUAUAUUAAGUAUUAUUAAAUGAAGAUAUACAAAAUAUCCGUGAUUAUCAUGUAAAUCUGUUCUUUUUAGUUGUACUUUAUUACAAACUUCAAACAAUAUCCAGAAAGAGAAAAUUAGAAAGAAUAAACGUUAUAAAGUAUAAAAAGAAAAAA